AUCUUGAUCUUGCUUGGCUUGCGCUCCAAACAAUUCCAAUCCACACGCCCAAGUCUUUCGGCCACCUUCCUUCGCGCGCCAACUCGCGUUGCCUAUUCCUUGGCAUGCGAGGCAUCGCGCGCCUCGUCCGUUUCGCACGCGCUGGCCACCGCCCCCGCUACUCCUAGUCCAGCGCAGCCUGGGUUGUCCGACUCGUACGCGCGCGCCAUCGCGCGCUCCCCGCGCUCGCCGCCUAUCUCACGCGCGUGUACCUCCUGCAUGCCUAAGCCCCCGAGGCUUAGGUCCCUGCCCGCGUCCGGACUCCACUCGCGCGCCCACGCGCACGCCCCUUCAUCGCUUUCCAGGCCCCGCGCGUCCCGACCACCGUCCGCGCCCCAAUCGCCUACAGCGCACCCCACCGCGUCUGCUACUCCGUGCGUACAUUAUUCUGUUCCGUCCAACCGCGCGCAUCAUGGGCCGAUGCGCGCCAUUCGCCCAUUAGCCGAUCAUCGUCGCCCUUCUCGUCGGCGAUCGUCACCGUUGGUUCGGGCCAUGGAUCCCAACCCUUUAACCUCUCACAACCGUCCACCGAUCUUGAUCUUGCUUGGCUUGCACUCCAAACAAUUCCAAUCCACACGCCCAAGUCUUUCAGCCGCCUUCCUUCGCGUGCCAACUCGCGCUGCCUAUUCCUUGGCGUGCGAGGCAUCGCGCGCCUUGUCCGUUUCGCACGCGCUGGCCACCGCCCCCGCUACUCCUAGUCUAGCGCGGCCUGGGUUGUCCGACUCGUACGCGCGCGCCAUCGCGCGCCCCCCGCGCUCGCCGUCUAUCUCGCGCGCGUGUACCUCCUGCAUGCCUAAGCCCUCAAGGCUUAGGUACCUGCCCGCGUCCGGACUCCACUCGCGCGCCCACGCGCACGCCCCUUCAUCGCUUUCCAGGCCCCGCGCGUCCCGGCCACUGUCCGCGCCCCAAUCGCCUACGGCGCACCCUACCACGUCCGCUACUCCGCGCAUACAUCGUCCUGUUCCGUCCAACCGCGUGCAUCAUGGGCCGAUGCACGCCAUUAACCCAUUAGCCGAUCGUCGUCGCCCUUCUCGUCGGCGAUCGUCACCGUUG